AUGAAUAAUGCAGACGAAGAAGUUCUCAUCUGGCUGCGUUCUAUUGACAGUAAUGUAAGAGAUGAGAAAAUACUGAGAGAUAAUGUUGAAAAGUUUGUUAAUGAUAUUCGAAUCUAUGAUGAUGUUAAUGAAUGUAUUGCGGAGUUGUCAUCUGUAUGUGAAGAAAAAAUAUUUUUACGACUCGGGAGCGGCUUAUCACAUCUCAUCAACAUUCUGGACGAUUUUAAUCAAGUACAGUACAUUUAUCUUAGUGAACCAUCCGAAUACAAAAGUAGUGUCAAGGUUCGUGGCGUAUUUAAUGACAACAUUCAAUUAUUCGAUCAACUUCAAAAAGAUAUUAACGCUUGGAAAAAUCAUCAUGUUUAUUUAACACUUUGCGAUGUCGAUUCUAGACGCAUGGAAACAACGACGCAAGAUGUUCAAAAUCAUGCAGCACGUUUCAUGUGGUCGCAGAUGCUACUUAAAACUUUACUACAGAUGCCGUCGCCAUCAAAUAAUAUAAACAAAGAUUUGCUUGAAGAAGCACGGCCUCUCUAUGCUAAUAAUGAACGCGUUCUCGCUGUGAUUGAGAAAUUUGAACGUGAAUACCAAGCUGACCAUGCUAUUAAGCGGUGUACAUGUGACUCGUUUCUUUAUCGACUAAUCAACAAAGCAUUACGUACUCGAGGCAUUUGUUUAAUUUUCAAAUUUCGAUAUCUGAUUCAACACAUUCGCAAACAAUUGAAGGAUCAACAACAACAAAUAUUAGCAGGUUGGUGUUUUUCAGACACGAACCAGUUAGAACAGCAUUUUAAAUAG